CCCACUUUGUGCUAUUUCUACGUGAUAUUAUGCAUCCAACACCGGAUAAAGAAUCAGAUGAUUUGAUUAAGACUUACACCGAACUAUUAAUUGAUUUCAAGCAGGAUUCCAUAAUUGCUUUAUAUGCUUCAAAAUUGCCUAGAGAAAUGUCAAUUGAAACCUAUGCGUUGUUUUUGAAAAAUAUAACGGGAAGUUAUGAUGAACGGUUUAAGUUUUAUAGUUUAGCUGAGCAACAUGGUUUAAAUGUUACAGCAAUAGCUAGAAGAACAUCCGAUUUGAUAUUAGAAGAAUAUUUGAAAAAUGAGAGAUAUACGAUUUCAUAUUCUUCCUCUCCAAGAAUUGCAUCUACCAAUGAACCAGUUGAUCCUAAGGAUAUAGUACUUAUUCGUGGACUAGAGUGGUUGACAUUCAAUAAGGAGCAAGUAGUUGAAGCUAUGGAUCGUGCUAAUGCUUUGUUUAGACGAUUCCUAGUUUGUGGGAAAUUGAAUGCAGUGAAUACUCUUCUGAGCUCAAUGGCUAACCCUAAAUCGCCUUUAGCAAGUUAUAAUCUUGAUCAAGAAGCGGAGGGUCAUGAAUUAACGGUGGUUGAAGAGUAUUCUUUUUAUCGUACCAUGUUUAAUUUUUUCACCAAGGAUGAAGAUUGGGUAAAAAUAUGGAUGGAAAAACCUCAGAGUCAAACAUCGUUCCCUCGAAAUAGCAGUGAAUGGACUUUACGCAUUAAAGAAACCACAGAUGCUUUAGAUCAGCUUUUUGAUCAAUUUCUAAAUGCUUAUAUGACCAAUUCUGAAUCUGAAGAGGAUAAAAUUAUCACAGAUGAAGAAGAGAGAAGGAUACAAGAAUUGCAACGAGUGUCUGAUAUCUAUAUUCCAGAAGUUAUUACUCGUUUGCAUCGUGUAUAUUUUAAAACACGUGGCAUUAUUCCUGGGUUAGUAAUUCGAUCACGUCGUUCUUUAUCUCCUAAUUUUAACUAA